AUGCCGCCUGUCAAAGCCAAGGGUGGCAAGAUGAUGUCCCUGAUCGACUAUCGUCUGCGAGUGACGCUCAACGACGGUAGGCAGCUCACGGGACAGCUGCUUGCGUUCGAUACCCACAUGAACAUUGUGUUGUCGGAUACCGAGGAGUUCCGCCGGAUAAAACCCAAGAAGAAGAAGAGCGCUAGCAAGCCGAACAAAAAGCAAAAGGUCGCGCACGGCGAGACCGCCGAGGGCCACGUCGAGGACGAGGACGAGGACGAGGACGAAGCGCCUCCUGCUGCGCAGGAACAGAAGCGCACGCUGGGUCUGAUUAUCCUGCGUGGCGAGACGAUCAUUUCCCUCAGUGUCGAGGCGCCGCCGCCGGAGUCGAAGAACGAGCCGGUGAUCGCUCCGGGCCCGGGCCAGGGCGUGCCGUCGGGCCGUGGCGCUGGAUUCGGCAUGGCGCCGCUCAUGGGCCGCCCCCCGGUGGGUAUGCCGCCGCCCCCGGGCAUGCCGAGUGGCCCUCCGCCGGGUUUCCCGGCCCCGCCUCCGGGCUUUGCGCCGCCGCCGCCUGGUUUCCGGCCGGCGGGUGCGUAG